CGUAUAUUCAUUAAUAAAAAUAAAAACAAAAACAAAAAACAUGUCAAAGAAUCCGUCUUUCAAAAAUGAUGAUCAAGAAUCCUUGAGAGUUGCGUCUAUAACUCAAAUCAGCAGAGGAAAAGGUUCUCGAAAAUCAAUCUAUCUGGCUGCCAUUAUGGCUGCUGCUGGUGGCUUUGUCGUUGGCUAUGACUCUGGAUCAAUCUCUGGUGUCAUGGCAAUGGAUGUAUUUGCCAACAAAUUCUUGAACCAAGAUACUUCAUACCGCGAAGGUCUCUUGGUAGCCAUCAUGUUAUUGACAGCAACCCUUGGAGGAUUAAUGUCUGGUUAUAUAUGUGAUUGGAUUGGUCGUAAAUACACAAUCUUGCUUGGAACCUAUGUAUUUGCUAUUGGUGCCCUUCUGGAAACAAUUGGGUCCAACUUUGGCCUUUUUAUGGCCGGUCGGGUUUUUGUUGGCUUUGGCGAAGGCUUUCUGACCAAUGCGAUCCCGCUCUACCAUUCAGAGAUCGCUCCUCCUGAUAUCCGUGGCCGUCUGAUCAGUCUCUAUAGCGCCAUGUCGGCCAUUGGAUCAAUUGCGGGCUACUUUGUCAACUUUGGCACAAGCUAUCUCUCACCCUCAGACUGGUGCUGGAGAACUGCGUUUCUGAUCCAGGUCAUACUCUGUCUCUUGCUCUCGUUUGCCUACCUGCUCCCCUUUUCGCCUCGCUGGCUGGUCGACAAGCAAAGAAACGACGAGGCAUUGGCGGUCUUGGCGUUGCUGCACGAAUCUACUAUCGAUGACCCGGCGGUUCUUGCAGAAUAUGACUCAAUUGUGACCGAGAUUGAGUACGAACGCACAUUCGGUGCCCGUACCUUUGUCGAGCUCUUUAAAGGCACUAACCUCAAACGAACCCUGUUUGCCUUGUUCACCGGAAAUGGAGCCGCCUUUACCGGCACAGACGCCAUCUCUUACUACGCCCCCCAGAUCUUCAAACAGGCCGGUCUGACAGACACCUCCCUUGCCCUGGCCACCAGUGGUGGCAGCAAGAUUGUUGCGUUUUUCUGCAAUAUGCUCACUCUGGUUUUUAUUGACAAACUCGGUCGGCGUCUCAUUUUCAUCAGUGGAGCCUUUUUGAUGGGCUCGACCAUGUACAUUGUCGGAGCUAUCUUUCAAUCCUACAACACCCUGGGUAGCAUUAACAUCAGCAGUGGCGACCAAUCGGUCGGACUCUCGAGCAGUACUGCCCGAAAUGCGGUGAUUGCCUUGAUUUACAUCUUUGAGGCAGCAUAUGCCUAUAGCUGGGGUCCGGUGGCCUAUGUCUAUCCGGCCGAGAUUUUGAAUAUGCGUACCCGAGCCAAGGGUCUGGCGCUGGCCUAUGGGCUCAACUGGGCCGUGGCGAUCUUUAUGACAUUUGUGAUGCCGAUCUUUAUGGACAACACGAUCUACGGUGGCUACUAUUUCUUUGGUGGCUGUUGCACUCUGCUUGUGAUCGGGUCCUUUUUCCUACCAGAAACCAAAGGCUACACGCUUGAAGAAAUAGACCAAAUUUUCAACCCUCACUAAAGAAGAAGCAAAAGCAAAGGCGGCAGAGACAACAAUUGAUUUAUGUUUAUAUUUUAUUAUUACUAUUACUAUUCUCCUUCUUAUUUCCUAGGUGUCAUAUAAAAUUCACGGCAACAAUAACAACAACAACAACAACAACAACAACAACAGCCAAUAUUUUUACUCUCUCUAUAUUUUAUAUUUUCAACCUUACUGCUUUGGAUAUCUCGAUACCAACACCUUUCAGACGUUUCGACUCUUUUCGAUCUUCACCAAAAAAAAAGCACAACUUUCUAUUUACUCCUUUUAUGACAACC